UCAGCAUAAACUCUCUUCUCGUCAAUGAUAAAGCUGGUAAAUACAUAAAUCAGACUGUUUCGUCGGAAGAAGAGUGCAGUAAGCAGACCACAUCAGCCGCUUACACGAAUAUGUACAAGAUGAAGAUGCAGACACGGCCAAUCAAUCUAAUCAGUCAGCUAAGACCACUAUCGCAAUGGGACGGGCAGAAAACGAAAGAGUCGAGGAAAGAGAGACGGCCCCGGACAGUUUUCACUGGCUCACAGCUCCUUGCACUGGAGAGUGUGUAUCAGAGUCAGAGGCUGCUGUGUAGGUGCGAGCGGGCGCGGCUUGCGGGCGCACUGGCGCUCACUCCAGCACAAGUCAAGGUCUGGUUUCAAAAUCGCAGGACAAAAUCUCGCCGAGACAUUUCGUCGCAAACCUCUGUCAAAGGAAAUGGAUGAGAAGAUCGGAGGAGGAACUCAAAAGGAGACAGGAACCAA